AUGAAUGCAGCCUCAUUGGACAAUGGGCUGCUUGCAAAUCAGGAACCAAGUCGACGUGUCGGCAAACGAAUGCGUAUUACCCGAGCAUGUGACAUGUGUAGAAAAAAGAAGGUCAAAUGCCAUGCAACACCAGGAACUGCAUGUAGCAAUUGUAUAGAUGCAGGUACACCAUGCGAGUUUAACCAAAGUGCCAAGAAGCGUGGCCCACCAAAAGGAUAUAUCGGUGCCUUGGAGACACGCAUCGAAAGAAUUGAACGUUUGUUGGCGGAUCAGACAGCUGAACAGCAAAAGUUAUCACCAACAAUGUCAGCGGCAUCACUGACGGCCCGAGGGAAAAAGACAUCAUCCAAUGGCGAUCCAUUACUGUAUUGUCGGAAGUUACCACGAGGCGCCUUAGCUGAUCGUGUACGACUCAUUGGAGACACAUCAUUGAUACAACAAUUGUUUCAGUACAAGAUCCCUGCGGGUCGUUUGGAUGAAUUGGGAACCUCAGGUGUACAUUAUCGAUUAUUUGGUCGCCAAGUCGUGCAAAUGAUGGCUCAUAGUAGUACCACGGGUGCAUCUCCUGACAUUGGCUGUGAGGAACGGCCACAAACAAUCAACCCAGAGCUCUUUUUUCAACGGCAAACAGGUGUCAACUUUUGGAUCUAUUCUAACACAGGUGCCGAUCGGCAUACAAGUGAUCGCUUGCUUCAAAUCUAUUUUUUAAAUGUCCAUCCAAUCCUUCCAGUCGUCAACAAGACUGAGUUCCUCAAACAAUAUCGUGAUCAAGCUGAUACAUAUCCGUCGGCUGAUUUGUUGAAUGCCAUGUUUGGCGCGGCUUCUCGUUAUCUCGUAUGUGAAUCGAAAAGGCAACGAAGCAAGGGUCGCUAUGUUCCACCUGAUGUCUCUUGGGAUGUGCCUUCACAGUGGUGCUAUCAAUUUUUUGAACAAGCAUCCAGUGCAGUCACCAACAGCGCAUGGUCGUCGUCUAUUUCCAAAGUCCAAGCCAUGCUCUUGCUACACAACACAAGCAGCCAUAUCAAUGCCAAAGAGUCUACUGCAUGGAUAUUAAAUGGGUUGGCCAUCCGAGUAGCUCAAGGAUUUGGGUUGAAUCGUUGUUGUGAUGAAUGGGAUAUCCCUGACAGUGAAAAGGAGCUACGAAAACGAGUAUGGUGGGCUUUACAUAUUUCGGAUCGUUUCCAGGCAACGGCAUUAGGGCGACCUGUCAGCAUUCGUGAGGAGGAUAACGACGUUACAUACCCAAAUCCAUCGGUCAGCUGGAAGGAAGUUCUCGAUGAACCUGAGGAUGAAGACGAUGAUGCGACGCCACGUUUCCCAUCUGCCACAUUUCGACCCGAAUCCAUUCAAGGAGAAAUCGAAUUUUAUCAGCUAUUCAUUCAGCUUAUCAAAUUAUCCGAAAUCUUGGGCCGCAUCCUGCAGGGACUCUAUACGCCAAGAGCUCAGCAGUAUUCGAUCAUGCAGGGCAGUGACGCCAUUGUUACACAACUCGAUCACGAGUUGACACAAUGGCGCUUUGGCUUUCCUAAAGCACUGGAGAAUACCAACUUUCGGGAUUUUGACGAUCAAAAAGGAUAUUUUGCCUCAAGCAUAGCAUCCAUUCUACUCUGUUACUUUGCAUGUCUUAUCUUACUUCAUCGUCCAUUUAUCGAAAGGCAAGGAAUCUAUGCUACAGGAGCUGCUGCACAAGAUCGACCAUCCUACCUUUCAUUUAGGAUUAGCACAAGUGCAGCGAGUCGAGGAAUCCAUAUCGCCGACCAAAUGACAAAGCGGGACUUUGUUAUGUUUCCAUACGCAUUCAACAUUUAUCCCAUCUUUCAAUUUUGUUUGAUUCAUAUUUACAAUGCACGCAAUCCCGAUGGCCGCAUUUCUGCACCAGGCCGUACCGAGUUACGUAGGGCUAUGGGUGUUGUUGAACGAUUACGAAGCAUGUCGACAGCUAGCAAGAUGCUCUAUGAUGUCGUAGGGCUUAUUACAGAGGCUCUACAAGCUGAUCUGGGACUUCAGAAUAAUGGACAACAAAACAAUGAUCCAAAUGCCUUUACACAACAACAACAACAACAACCCGCUGCUGCCAAUGAUGGAUAUCCACCUCAAGCCGUUACCAACCACAGGAAUCAUAACAAUGACGAAGAAUCGUGGAACACGAUGCUUGAUACCUCUUCAACAAUGGCUCAGCAGCCGUUGCUUCAUCUGAAAGAAGGCAAGCCCGUUGACAUGUCCACUUCAGCUAUGCAAAAUACUACACCCGCUAGUCAGGAAAUUUAUACGCUCAAACAAUUUGGAUACAAUGUACCAGAUGACCCAAAGGAAUUGGAUCACAUGCUCCAAGAUAUGGCUUCUUACUCUAAACUUGAAACAUUGCAAUCUAUGUCGGCUUCUUUCAAUCAACAACAGCAAAAUAUAUAUAAGGCACAUCCAUCUAAAUCGACAAGUACGCAUCAGCUUUCACAUCAACCUGCAACACCAACACCAUCCAUUUAUGCAUCAUCUUCAUCAUCAUCGUCGGCUACUCCAUUUGGCUUGUACAAUACUACUACUACUACUACUCCCACCAGCAUGUCUCUCACUACCACUGAUCGUCCAUUUUCCUUGCCUCAUUCAUACCACAACAGCAUUCAAGAACCUUUUCAUUCCACGACUAACUUGAGCAACAAUAUGAUCCCAUUGGAGCAACAACGACAGCCGACAGCCAAUGCCAGCAACAGUAACGUCGUGUUUCGGAAUCAUCCCAAUAAUCCAUUUGCAAGCUUAUCAUCAUCUAUGGAUUGGUCAGAAUGGUAUGAGUGGACACAACGAGCAACGAAGCCAGCUCAUGAAGAGCAAUCAACAUGGCCACUUGCAUCAUCACAAUAG